AGGCCAGACAACAACAGGACAACGGCACUGCCAGCGCAAGGAAAUUGGCACGAGUGGUUGCACCGUAGUCUGUACUGCUUACGUACUGCUUGUCACUUUGGGGCACUGUGUUUUACUUGAGACCCCGCCGCACCCGCACAACAUAGCACCGCUACUGAGCUCUGCGCGCGCCCGGGCUGGACUCCAACUACCUGCUGUUCGGCCGGAACAGGCGCGCCCGCCUCGUGCACAACAACGGCAACGCGCAGGCCGUGCACGCGCGGCACGCGCACUACCAGGCGGCGCGCGCGCCCAGCAAGGGCUCCACCGUGUGCACGCUGCUGUGAGCGCCAUGCCGUCCUCCUGAGAAGCUCGCCGGCGACCUCGUAGGCCCGAUCGACGACUGCCUCCCCGUGUGCAAGUGCAAGCGGCCAGUGUGCGGCUCUGCCACACGGACCGGCGGACCUUGACGACGACGCCAGGAUGCAGGUGGAGCAGGUGGUGGGCGUCGGCCCCGGGGCCCUGGCCCCCGGGCGAGCGCGGCCCAACCAGUGGUACCUGCUGACGCCUACCUCGCUGGCUGCCGACUCUGAGGACGCCGACGCGGACCCCGACGCCCCCGCGGCCGGCGCCUUCCCGGAGCCACGCGUUGGCCACACCGCAUCCUACCUGCCCCGGCGCAAAAAGGUGGUUCUGCUGGGAGGUGCUUCCCCCUGCGCCUUGUACAGCGACGUGUGGCAGCUCGACCUGCGGCGCCUCGCGCUCUCCCUGCUCCAGCCCGGGCCCGACGCCCCCGCGGACCAGCCCGACCAGCCCGGACUCCAGCCCCCGCAGCGCUACGAGCACUGCGCCUUCCUGCCGCCGGCCUCGCCGCAGGCCCAGGACCUCUCGGACAAGAUCUGGGUGUUCGCCGGCGCCAACAUGGAGGGCAACAUGAACGACCUCUGGGAGCUGGACCUGGCCGCCGAGGAGUGGCGCGUCGUCAACUGCUCCGGGGGCGCGCCUGGGCCUCGGACUCUGCACACGACCACUGCGGACGUAUCCGGCGCUUUGAUGGUGUUUGGCGGAGGCAGUCAGGCGGCCAGCCCCGUGGCUGACCAGUCGGUGUUUAGGCUGGACCCGGUCAGCCGCGACUGGAGCACGGUCAGCACCCAGGGCGACCCCCCGGCACCGCGGCAGGGGCACGUGCUGGUCGGGGUGGGCGGCAAGUUGCUUUGUCACGGCGGGAUGGCGGGGAACAAGUUUUUCUCCGAUUUGAUAGUCUUGGAGAAUGGUCAGUGGACGGUCGUGGAUGACAACGGCAGACCGGCGCCCAGUCCCCGAGCCGGCCAUGGGGCGGUUGCCCUCGGCAAUUUCGUGUACAUUUUUGGUGGAUUGGGUCCACAUGGUAGUCUUGAUGACCUGUGGAAGCUUGACUGUGAUGCCCUUAGUUGGGAAGAAGUGGUGUUUGAGUCAGAUUCGCCUCGACCUAAACCAAGACUGGAUUUUGCAAUGUCUCUCAUUUGGUUACCACAACACUUUACACCACAGUGCUCCAAUGGUGAGGCGGUGGCUCAAAAUGGUGCUCAGUCAGAAGAUUCUAACAGUCCAGAUUCUGAACAGGACAUUCCAUUUAUUCUAUUACAUGGCGGAAUGGAUGAUUUAGGUACAAUCUACAAUGAUUUUCAUGUAUUUUGUCUUGAAGAUGUCACAAGCUAGCUUAUCCCCGCUCAAUUCCAUUCCAAAACUUUGUCUUCAAAACCAUGAAUGUAACUGUGUUUUCAAACUCUGUAUUUUUGAAACUAUUUGUUUUGAUUUUAUAUCGAAGUGUGAUGUAAGUAUUUUUUCUCAAUAAUUUACAAAGUGUACCCUAGUCACUAGAUUUAAAAGGGUGCUUGAUCUGAUUUCUAUGACUUGUUCGUUGAAAUGUAGGGUAACAUAGGUCAUGACCAGGUUUCUCUUGCGUUAGGAAUAAUACUAGAAAGUACAGAUGUUACAAAUGACCCUUCAACAUUUUAAAAAUUUAUCUAUAAAUCAGUGGGAUUGUAAAAAAGAUUCUGGGAAUGGCAUUUACUCUAUUUCCCUCUCAUUUUUUCCUACACAUCUCCGUCUCUAAGUAUAAUAAAUAAAUUUUAAAAAAUGGGGGCACUCCGAUUGUCCGAAGCUCAUUUGUCCGAACCUAAUUUAUCUAUUUUAGUAAAUAAAAUGAGUAAAGUAGUUAA